AUGGCGUCGAAUUCGAUCAAGCUCUUGACGGGCAACAGUCACCCUGACUUGGCCAAGGCGGUGGCCGCCAGACUCGGGAUUGAGCUGACCAAGAUCAUGGUCUUGCAGUAUUCCAACCAAGAGACCAGUGUGACCAUUGGCGAAUCUGUCCGAGAUGAAGACGUAUUUAUCCUCCAAUCAACACGGCCGAACGAUAUCAACGACGGUCUUAUGGAACUUCUCAUCAUCUGCAAUGCCUGCAAGACCGCAUCGGCUCGACGGGUCACUGCGAUCCUACCAAACUUCCCUUAUGCACGUCAAGACAAGAAAGAUAAAUCCAGGGCGCCCAUCACUGCGAAGCUGAUGGCGAACAUGUUACAAACAGCUGGUUGCAACCACAUCAUUACCAUGGACCUGCAUGCGUCCCAGAUUCAGGGAUUUUUCAAUGUCCCGGUUGACAAUCUCUACGCCGAACCCAACUCUGUGAAAUGGGUGCGGGAAAACCUCAUGCAUUCCACAGAGACCAAUUCCGAGGUGAACGGACCGAGACAAGAAUGUGUCAUUGUCAGUCCUGAUGCCGGUGGGGCGAAGAGAGCUACAUCUAUUGCCGAUAAACUCGACCUUCCGUUCGCACUCAUUCACAAAGAACGAUCGCGACCGAAUGAAGUCAGCCGAAUGACUCUUGUUGGCAAUGUGGAAGGCAAGGUCGCCAUCCUUGUCGAUGACAUGGCCGACACAUGCGGGACCCUCGCCAAAGCCGCCGAUACUCUCAUUAAGCAUGGAGCCAAGGAUGUUGUUGCGCUUGUUACCCACGGAAUCCUGUCUGGCAGAGCGGUCGAGAUUCUGAAGGGAUCGGACCUUUCAAGACUGGUCAUCACCAACACAGUUCCCGUCUCAGAAGAGAAGAUCGAGGCUUUGAGAGUUGAAGAAGGGCAGAAAGGCUGCAGGCUUGAAUUCAUUGAUAUUGCGCCAGUUUUGGCCGAAGCAAUCCGAAGGACACACAAUGGCGAAAGUGUCAGUUACCUGUUCAACCAUCCAGUGGCAUAA